AUGGAUUUUAUAACAAGCACCAACGACAGCAACGCGACCACCGGCUUCCCCGACGGGGCGAACGUGGUUGCAGACUGGGACGGGAGUGAGAACGGCACCGGGUCUGCGUCUUUGCCGGACCUGGAGCUGAGUUACCAGAUUGUUACCUCUCUGCUCCUGGGGGCCCUCAUCCUCUGCUCCAUAUUUGGCAAUGCGUGCGUCGUGGCAGCCAUCGCCCUGGAGAGAUCUCUCCAGAAUGUGGCCAACUAUCUGAUCGGUUCCCUGGCGGUUACAGACCUCAUGGUAUCCGUGCUGGUGCUGCCCAUGGCGGCCCUCUACCAAGUUUUGAACAAGUGGACUCUGGGACAGGAGAUCUGCGAUCUAUUCAUCUCUCUGGAUGUAUUGUGUUGCACAUCAUCCAUCCUGCACCUGUGCGCAAUUGCUUUGGACAGGUACUGGGCCAUAACAGACCCCAUUGACUAUGUCAACAAACGGACGCCAAGGAGAGCUGCGCUCUUGAUUAGUGUAACUUGGCUGAUCGGUUUCUCAAUCUCUAUUCCGCCUAUGUUAGGCUGGAGGAGCGCCGAGGACAGGGCGAACCCAGACGCCUGCACCAUCAGCCAGGACCCGGGCUACACCAUCUACUCCACAUUUGGGGCUUUUUACAUCCCCCUUAUCCUGAUGCUGGUCUUGUACGGGAGGAUAUUCAGGGCUGCCCGGUUCCGGAUUCGAAAGACGGUCAAGAAAACCGAGAAAGCAAAAGUGGCAGACAGGUGCAUGACGGUGUCUCCCGCAAUAUUUCACAAGAAAACAAACGGGAAGGCCGGGGGCAAAGGCUGGAAGCGCUGCGAGGAGCCUAAACCCAGCUCUCCGUGCGUAAACGGCGCGGUAAAGCAUGGAGAGGAAGGCGAGUCUCUGGAAAUCAUAGAAGUUAUCAGCAACUCGAAGACCCACCUGCCACUGCCCAACACCCCACAGUCUUCGCAUGGCUACGAAAACAUGAACGAAAAGAACUCGGAGGCGAAGAGAAAAAUAGCGCUGGCCAGGGAACGUAAAACGGUGAAAACACUUGGGAUCAUCAUGGGGACUUUCAUCUUCUGCUGGCUGCCCUUUUUCAUCGUUGCACUGGUGUUGCCUUUCUGUGCGGAGAGCUGCUACAUGCCCGACUGGCUCGGCGCAGUCAUAAACUGGCUGGGCUACUCCAACUCCCUCCUCAACCCCAUUAUAUAUGCCUACUUCAACAAAGACUUCCAAAGUGCUUUCAAGAAGAUUAUAAAAUGCAAAUGCCACAGACCUUGACCAGUCAUUUGUGUUUGAGUUUAGUUAACUUGGACUAAUGAAUUAAAGGAACAGCAGGACAUGUUUAAUGACUGUAUGGAGCAGCAAAAAAUAUCAUAGACUUUAUAUUCAGGGACAGUCUCUUGGAGGUGUGUGAGUGACAAAUUGAACCGGUGUAUAAAAUAAAAUAAAAUAAAAUAAAACUGUUACCGGCUGCUGAUUGACAGGACAAGAGACAAGACAGAAACCUUGGUUUUACUGUACAAGCUCAUGUUUAUUCAGUGUUGUAGCUAUAGCCUAUAUGCGACGGCAGUCAUCGUUGUAUUGCCAUGCAAGACGUGUCACCAAAUGUGCUGAAUCCAUGCAUUUUAUCAUAAUAAGACA